UGCGCGCACCGAUACAGAACGGCUAUAGUUUUGUGAAAUGUUUUUACUUUUUGGUGUAUAAAAACAAUAAAAAUGCUUGCUUUGUCGGUACAGUUCAGACCAUUUAUUUCUAUCACUUGUAGCCAAUGUGGGAGUUUUAAAGAUUCGCUAUUUCCGGAGUUUCCUGACGAUGCCUUGAAAAUAGCAGAUUGUGAUCUUGGUGAACGACAGGCUCACGCUGCUAUCCUCAAUUGCUUAGUAUCAUAGAUUAAUAUAUUUGGAAAGCAUUGGUAUUUAAACGAGUAUAACUAGCGAUAAACUAAACAAACAUGAAACAAUUGAGAAAUCUCAGUAGUGCGUUAUUUUCCUUUCCCCAAAUGUGGUUACCCUUCAGGUGUUCCCGGGUCAGGUUGUGUUGUAAUUCAAAUGAAAGGAGGCAAACAUUCAAAACUAAAAUGUCGUCUGGUCCAAGCUUUCAUGAUUUCAUCAGAGGAGUCACAAGUGAGAAAAAAAGUGCCGCAGACACCGAAUACCAACACCAGUAUCUUCCUGAUGACUUGGCGAUGGGAAAUUCACGCAAAGUUUAUUUUGAAACCUAUGGAUGCCAGAUGAAUGUAAACGACACUGAGAUUGCCUGGUCAAUACUACACGACAAGGGCUAUCAACGUACUACACAACUAAACGAGGCAGACGUUGUCCUACUCGUAACAUGUUCCAUAAGAGAAAAAGCUGAACAAACGAUCUGGAACAGACUCCAACAACUGACAGCCAUGAAGAAGAAACGCCUGAAGAGUCGUACACCGAUGAAAAUUGGGAUUUUAGGUUGUAUGGCUGAGAGAUUGAAGACGGAGCUUUUGGAGCGAGAGAAGCUUGUCGAUGUUCUUGCUGGGCCCGACGCCUACCGUGAUCUCCCCCGUUUGUUGACCGUGGCCGAGGGAGGUCAACAGGCAAGCAACCUGCUGCUGUCGUUGGAGGAGACCUACGCUGACGUCAUGCCGGUCCACCACUCUCCGCAGGGGCACAGUGCCUUCGUGUCCAUCAUGCGGGGCUGUGACAAUAUGUGCAGCUACUGCAUUGUUCCCUUCACCCGCGGUCGCGAGAGGAGUCGACCUGUCAGCUCUGUUCUCGAGGAAGUGCGUAUGCUCUCAGACCAGGCAAUGAAGGAGGUGACAUUGCUGGGCCAGAAUGUGAACAGCUACCGAGACACAUCUGAAGAGCAGUUCUGUGGUGCCAAUCCCACCAAGCUGAGCCGCGGCUUUAAGACGGUGUACCGCGCUAAACAGGGAGGUUUGCGUUUCUCGGACCUGCUGGACAGAAUAUCCCAGGUGGAUCCCGACAUGAGGAUCAGAUUCACGUCACCCCAUCCUAAGGACUUUCCCGAUGAGGUUUUGCAUUUGAUAGCAGAGAGAGGAAACAUUUGUAAACAGAUCCAUCUUCCAGCUCAGAGUGGCAGCACUCAGGUUUUGAACGCUAUGCGUCGUGGCUACACAAGAGAAGCUUAUCUUGAGCUGGUACGGAACAUCAGGAGUAUUAUUCCAGAGGUCAGUCUCAGCAGUGACUUCAUCUCGGGCUUCUGCGGUGAGACCGAGGAAGACCACCAGCAGACGCUGUCCCUCAUCAGAGAAGUGGGCUACAACAUCGGGUUCCUCUUUGCCUACAGUAUGAGAAAGAAAACCCAUGCGUUCCAUUCCCUCCAAGAUGACGUGCCAGUAGCGGUUAAGCAACACAGGCUGGAGGAGUGCAUCAGUGUGUUCAGACAGGAAGCUGCAAGGGUCAACGCUGCUCUUGUUGGCAGCACGCAGCUUGUCCUGGUGGAGGGGGAGAGUAAGAGGUCUGCCAAGGAGCUGUGUGGGAGAACAGAUGGCAACAUGAGAGUGAUCUUUCCCAGAGAGGAUGUGGCUGUUCGGUCUGCAGAGUCCGAAACAGCUGCGGUCAGCGCUGGGGACUACGUACUGGUGAAGAUAUUGUCAUCCAGCUCACAGAGCCUGAGAGGUCAAGCGUUGUGCCACAGCUCCCUUGGAAGCUCCUUCAUGCAGGCCCAACAUCUGCCCAGGUAUCGAUGUGAUGAACAUUUGGCGACAGAACCAACCGUGAUUGCAACUUGACCACGAGCAGCACUUUUGACAGGUUAACUUAGAAAUAAAAGCUUUUCUAAAAUGUCAACCAUAUGAGCUCCAUGUUUGUGUUACACAGUUAGGACCUGGUGCAUUAUUGUAAUUGUACACAAUGUAAAAGCUGAAUUAUUAUUAUUAUAUUAGGUUAGAUGUGCUUAAAUCAGGGGUGUCUAAAGUGCGGGAUUCAAACCAGGAACCCUCCGGUUACUUUUUGCCGAGUUCACAUUGAUAUUGUCUCGUGAGUCCAUUACAAGUAAACUUGUGAUCACAUUAACAACACUGAUAUAAAAUGAAACUUUGUUCAUAUUUGCCAAUAAACAAUAAUAAUAAAUAAUUAACAAUAAUAAUGGAUGAAAUCAUUUCAAUUGAUACAAUUCAAAAGUGGAAAAAGCAGCACAGAAGAUCCUGAGCUGCGUUCAUGGACAUGUACACCUGAAGAAGACAUUUGUAGACGGUCCCUGUGCUUUUGUCUCGCUGAAUGUUAGUUAAAACAUUAGGGAUUAAGACAUUAAAAACAAUAGGGGAGCCCAUAGGCCUAUAUAUUUUUCAUUAUAGGGGAAAAAAAACGAUACUGACAUGACAUUUUUAUGCCAAUAUCAUUCUGAUAAUAUUAGUGGGUCGAUAUUAUCUGACAUUAAAAAUCAUUCCAUUGUUCUCUGAUGCCUUGCCAAAAGUUUCCAGGAAAGAUGGGAUGGCAGCUCAGGGCAGAGUUUUGUAAUCCACAUCACUGUUAUCGUGUAGAACAGGGGUGUGCAAACUACGGCCCGGGGGCCACAUGCGGCCCACUAAGCGUUUGAAUCCGGCCCGCCAGUUGCGGGCUUUUAACAUACAUGCUGGCAACAUGACUUGCAAGUCGGAUGUCUUAUUCAGUAAAAAAAAAUAAAAAUAAAAAUAAUAAAAAAAAAAAAAAAAAAUGUAAAAUUCAAGUUUGUAGUUUGAUGUGGUCAGAUCUUUAAAGCGUUUGAAUCCGGCCCGCCAGUUGCUUUCUACCUUUUAACAUACAUGCUGGCAACAUGACUUGCAAGUCAGAUGCCUUAUUCAGUAAAAAAAAUAAAUAAUAAUAAAAAUAAAAAUAAUUUAAAAAAUGUUUUUUUUUCAAUGUAAAAUUCAAGUUUCUAGUUUGAUGUGGUCUGAUGUUUAAAAUGCUCCGGAAAAAAGGGAUAUAUGGAACAUAUUUAAAACAUAUAUCUAAUAGUCUGACACUUUUACAGAUAAAAUUAUACAAAUAAGUAAAUUAAUUAAAUAAAAAAUAUAUAAUAUAUUAAAUAUAAUAUAAUUGGUAUAUAGAAUGCAAUUAAUAAUAAUAUAAUUAUGAUAUAUAAUAUAUAUAGAUAGAUUAAAUAUAAUAUAUAAUGUAAUAAAUAAAUAAAAUUAGACAAAUAAUUCAAGGUGGACUGU